CGACCGUCCAAAAACGACCCGUGAGCCGAGUCUGGCCGAAUCCGGUGUCGCCCUGGCUUCGAGCCCCUGCCCAGCUCUUACACGUCACAACCGAAGGCCCCGCGACCAGCCCGCCUCGCGAGUCCGCCCGCGAGAGGCCGCACCGCGCGGGCGCGGCGGCGAUGCGCCGGGCCCGCCGCGGGGCAGCCCCGCGGGUGGCGUUGCUGGCCCUGCUGCCGCCGACCGUGGCCCCCGCGGAUGCGGGCCACCGCGCGGGCGCGCGCGGUGGCAACGCGCAGCGCGGGCUUGGCGACCUGGCCGCCCGACCGGUGCGCUGCCUCGGCGCCGACCCGCAGGAGCUGCUUCGGAACCUCACAUCGGCCCGGGCGUACAACAGGCUGGAUCACCCAGGCGCCGCGGGCGGCGCCCCUGCGCGGGUGGAGCAGCAGAUCUACGUCAAGAAGCUCGUGGGGGUCGAUCAGACCGGGCAGACGCUGACCCUCUCCGGCUUCUGGCGGUCCGCGUGGCUGGACGAGCGGCUGGCGUUCGCGAAGGAGUGGGGCGACUGCUUCGACCACCUCGACUUGCAGCUGAAGCGCAAUCUGGAUGGCCCGCCCGUGCAGGACCCCCUCCUGAUCUGGUCGCCCUCGCUCUUCUUCGACAAUGUCCUGACCGAGUCCUACGGCACGUACUCUUUCCAGGUGAUGCCGUCGGGGCAGGUUACCAGAAGCAUCAAGAUAUUACACAAGUUUUCGUGCGCCAUGGAUUUUGGAAGGAUGCCGUUCGAUAGCCAAAGGUGCCCUAUAAGGAUCAUGUCCUAUGCCGAGCCAGACAGCAGCGUAAACUUGGGACCAAUAGGCAACACUUUUGUGGACAGACAUGGCGAUGCCGAUGGCCCAGUGCAAAACACUUUAUGGACUGUUGCUGAUUCUUUUGCAGCGAUUGCGAAAGAAGGCUACAAUUUUGGGUCUGAUGCGAGGGAGUAUGAUGUUUUGACCAUCAGUUUCAUUCUACAGCGCAGGUCCGCAUUUUACUUGAGGAGAGACGUGGCGUAUGCGGUACUAUUUGUCUGCAUGUCUUAUGUGGGUUUUUUUAUUGACGCCGAGUCCGCACCUGCGCGAGCUGCCUUGGCGACAAUCCCUGUGCUUACAAUGCUGAGUCAUUUAAACUCAGUGGAGCAAACCUUGCCUCCGCUUUCGGAAAGGACCUGGCUGCAUGCAAUCUUGAUGUUGAGCUUGGUAUACACGGGUUUAGCUGUUGUGGAAUUGGCAGUCGUCUCGGCCACCUUAAGUUUAGAGCGAAGGCGGGCAAGAAGAAGGGCCACGUUUGAAAAGCUUGCGAAGCGCAUGCACGAUGAUGACAAUCCAUUGAACGAGCGCGAGCACAAGAUGUUCCUGACAUUCUUUAAGACCUUCGACUCUGCUGGUAUUCCUGAUGGCACGGUCAGCAUAAAAGAACUGAGAGCAGGGCUUCGCUAUUUCAACGUCUACUACUCGCUCGAGCAGUGCGAGGAAGUGAUCGCGCUCGUGCGCAAGAAGCACGUGCCAGCCCCCAGUCCUCGUCACAAGAGUCUCUCCGGUGGGGAGCGCCAGGAUUUCGACGCACCCGCCGACGCAGAAGCGGGACGCGGCCCCGACAGCAUUGCGAUCGCGCUGGGCGGCUCGCCGCAGAGCCAUAACGCCACUCCAGCUGUCGCCAGAGGCGCCUCCGUCUCGGCGGCCGCGGCCGCCGCGCAGGUUGUCCAGGAGAAGCCAUCGUAUAGAACCCUGCCCUCUCCAGAUCUCCAACGUCGUGUUUUCUUUGCGGCCCUGAGAUCUGGGCGUCGAAAUUGUCUAACGCCAGGUUUUAUCGGCUGGUUUCGGCUUGGGCUCUCACAGGUCGAUCCGCUCGAGAGAUGCGGCAGGAAGACAGGGAAUGGGGGUCCAAUGUAUGACUUCUCGCGAUGUUGCAG